AUGUCUCGUCAUCGUAAUAUACGAAACAUUAACCUUGAGGAUGAAAUGGAUGAUGACUAUGACGACUACGAUAAUUAUGAAGACGAAGAGGAGUCUGAAAGCUUAUACACAUACGACCGUAACUCGUUGUCAGCCAACUACUAUACCUACCUGACUGACAGUGGUCGAAAUUCACCAGCUCCUCCAGCACCUCCGUCUUCGAAUGCUUCCUCAUCAUACUAUCCCCCGGUAUCCACAGCAGCACCAACAGCUGGUCCUGCUUCUGCUGUGCCGUCUUCAAUUGUUCGCAACUUGACCGCUCCUUCACUUCAACAACAAAAGCCGUCUAAACAUCCUAAUAGUCGUCCAAGCACUCCACAAGCUGGUAGCAAUUUAAACACUCCAAAAAGAACACAACAAGUGAAAAAUUUGCAAACAGAGGCAGCUAGUCCCAGCGGGAGCCGUGUGUCUUCUGAAGUCGACUUGAGCACAUUCCGACGAAACCAGCUUCAAAAUAUCGCCAAAGCUACAUCAGUUCCCCGAAAAGCAGUCAAACCGAGAGCUGUUGAGAAAGAUUUGAUUAACCUGAUUGUUGUUGGACAUGUAGAUGCUGGAAAGAGCACACUGAUGGGACACUUACUGCAUGAUUUGGAAGUUGUUGAUACUCGCACAAUAGACAAGUUCAGACAUGAAGCGGCUAGGAACGGUAAAGCAUCUUUUGCAUAUGCAUGGGUGUUGGAUGAAACUGAAGAAGAGCGCGAGCGUGGUGUAACUAUGGAUAUCGGAAGAACGAGUUUCGAAACUACAAAUCAUCGAAUUGUGCUUCUUGAUGCUCCAGGACACAAAGAUUUCAUUUCCAACAUGAUUACUGGAACAUCACAAGCAGAUGCAGCUAUUCUUGUAAUUAACGCAACUACUGGGGAGUUCGAAACGGGUUUCGAAAACGGUGGUCAGACGAAGGAGCACGCUUUGCUGCUCAGAAGUUUAGGUGUCACACAACUCGUCGUAGCGGUUAACAAACUAGACACUGUCGACUGGUCCAUGGAUCGAUUUGAAGAAAUUCGCAACAACCUUACUGUCUUUCUAACGCGUCAAGCAGGGUUUUCCAAACCGAAAUUCGUUCCGGUAUCAGGAUUCACAGGAGAAAAUUUAGUGAAAAGAAUGGAUCUGAGCUGGUAUGAUGGACCAUGUUUGGUUGAACUCAUUGAUAGUUUCAAAGCUCAAGAACCACAAUCUGACGGUCCGUUGAGAAUCGGAAUAAGUGAUGUGCUCAAGGUUGCUUCUAACCAGCUUGUGGUAAGCGGAAAAAUCGAAUCUGGAGAAGUUGAAAAGGAUGACAAGGUCUACAUUAUGCCUAGUGUCACACCUGCCACAGUGAAAGAGUGUGCAAAUAAUGAUGGCUGGAAGCAUUGUUUUGCAGGAGAUUUCAUUUUACUGACUCUUCAAGGAACAUUCGAACCAGAAUCGGUUCAAGCCGGUUCGGUUAUUGUUCGAUCCGACCGGAUACUCUUAUCCCGGCGAAAAAGUUUGAAGUGCGGAGCGAAAUCCGAGUUGUAUUCACAUUCCCUAUGUAUGCCAUGCACUUUCACAAAGCUCAUUUAUACAAUCAACAAGUCUAAUGGGGAAGUUUUGAAACAAAGACCAAGGUUCCUUGCGAAAGGGUCGACUGCUGUUGUAGAGAUUGAAACUGAGCAUGACGUCGCCAUCGAAGCUUUCACAAGUUGUCGUGCAUUUGGCAGAGCUACAUUCCGUUCAGGAGGAAACACGAUAGCAGCGGGAAUCGUAGAAAAAGUUAUUACCCCACAAUAG